AUGAUCAAGCUGAGCGCAUUUGUGACGUUGCUCCUGGCGAGCGUGGAGCUUGUACCAAUAGUGCAAGGUGCCCGAACGAGACGAUCGGAACGUCGAAAGAUGAACCUGGACAGUUUGGAAUAUGUAGAGUAUCCUCGUCGUACAGAAGAUGAAGCUGCCGUUCUGGAAUGGGGACACUCUGCCAUUAUCUCGGCAUUGGAUGCCUCUGUGGCCUUUUUUGGACCGCAAACUUCUCAAGCAGCAUUGCUGGAAGUUGAAUGCAUGCCCAUCUUGGCAUCACCCUUGACGGGGGUUCGAGAAGGCGAAACUCUAGAAGAAGAAGAGGAAGAGGAACCGGCUGCAGAGGGCGAAGAAGGAGAAGAAGGAGAAACUGCACCCGAGGAAAAACCACCAAAAAAAGAAAAGAUUCUACCUUUGGAUAAUGCCGAAGAAGUUCAUGGGAACAUGGUAGUCAUGACAAACACGGGCAAAAUCAGUGGUCUUCGCAUGGCCAAGAUUGCCAAAGCAAGUGGUGCUGCAGCAUUACUCAUUGUCAAUAUCGAUGAUAAACGCCCAGAUGAUAUCUACCGUUUACAAGUACAAGAAGGCGAAGAAGGGGCUGAAGAUAUUGAUAUCCCUGUGGUCAUGAUAUCCAUGAACUCUGCCAACGUCCUCACAUCGGCUACCGUUACACCCAACAUGGCUGCAGAGGAUAUUGUCAAUCACGGAAUGCCAGAACGUGUCCGUCUCUACGCGGGAGGGGAUAGACCCUUUUUCGAAGAUGUCGAACCUGCUGACCCGACACUCUAUCUUAUUCACAAUCUACUGACAAAACAAGAAUGUGACAAUCUCAUUGAAGCGGCAGAAUCAAAGGUAUCGCCCGUCACUAAGGAUGAUAUUCUCCAAAUGACAUUGACUUCGAACGAUGUAGAGGGGGUUCACAGGAUCAUGCUAUGGCAAGGCCUCCUUCAAUCGCCUACCAAAAAGGCCAUCGAGGAGCGAAUCGAACAAGUCACAGGAUUUCCGGCCACUCAUUACAGUGACUUUAUCGUGGACCGAAUUGAGCCGGGUGGUCGCUGGAAACCCCAUUACGACGCCAAAGAAGGGUUGGUCCCCCCGACUGCAUCCAUCACUGUCUUUUUGAGUGACGAAGGUGGACCUCUCGUGUAUCCCUUGAGCAAAGACCCCGUCAAGGUCCUGGCUCGCAAGGGUGUGGCUGUAGUCCAUCACAAUACCAACGAACGACAACAGUUGGACCAGAAUACGUUGCAUGCGUUGCUUCCAUCAGAAAGCGCCGGAGCCGUCUAUGUGGCUCGCAAAUAUGUAUAUCCCAUUCCAGUGGCGACUGCUCGGAGAUUGGCUCUCCCUGUCUUUGCGGCACCAUUCGGUGGCAAGUUGCCGGAGCCCGUGGUCCAGCUUCACGAUGCUUUGGUGGAGAACUUUGGCCCCGAGACAGGUAGUUUCUAUUUUGACAAGCUGUGUGUGUUCUUCCCCAUGCUGUUGAUUUUGGGCAUUGCACAGUUGAUUGGAAGUGCCGUACAUCAAAAAAUGACAGAACCUUCGGCAACCACCACCACCACGAAGACGUCAAAGCCAAAAUCAGGCAAGAAGCGAAAAGAAAAGGACUCAAAGAAAGACUAA